AUGGGGAAAGGCAAGGAAGGGGUAAAACAAAGGAGCAAAAGAAGACGGCUGUUAAAAAGAUGUCGCCCAAAUAAAAACUUGGAGGGAAAAAAGAGACAGGAAGCAGAGAGUCAGCAGGACAGGGCAGAAUUUCCGUGUCAUCAGAACAGGGCAGAAUUUCCGUGUCAGCAGGACGAGGCAGAAUUAACGUGUCAGCAGGACAGGGCAGAAUUAACGUGUCAGCAGGACAGGGCAGAAUUAACGUGUCAGCAGGACGAGGCAGAAUUAACGUGUCAGCAGGACAAGGCAGAAUUUCCGUGUCAGCAGGACGAGGCAGAAUUAAAGUGUCAGCAGGACAGGGCAGAAUUAACGUGUCAGCAGGACGAGGCAGAAUUUUCUUCAGAAGAAGAGCAUGAUGAACUUGACCAUAGUGACAUGAAGAGAGAUGCAUUGUUUAAAGAUUUCCAAAGAUAUUUAAAGUCCAAAGCAAAAUUACAAAAAGCAAAAGCUGAAGUGGAAAGGUGCAGUGGGACACGUGUGAUAAGGACUGAAGUUGGGCAAGUUAAGCUGGUAUUCCUUAAAGAAGAAUAA